AUGGCGGAAGGAAAACUACAAGAUUCUACAAACAUGAAACGCAAUCUUUUACUCUGCGUCGAUGCCUUUGGCACUUUGUUCCGUCCUCGCAGUCCCAUUGCCGAACAAUACGGUAGUGUGGCUAGGGAUAUGGGGGUUAAGAUUUCUGAUGAUGAAGUUGCGAAAUCGUUCAAAAGUGCAUUCAAAGAGAUAUCGAAGGCAUAUCCGAAUUAUGGCAAANAGACGGAUAUGGGAGCGAGACAAUGGUGGACUGAGGUAUNNGUCAUCGAUAAGACAUUUACACCUCACCAUGCAGGACCUCUUCCCACAAAUCUCACUUCAACAUUGAUCAACCGAUUCUGGUGCAAAGACGGCUACACCCUCUUCCCAGACGUCUCCCACCUCCAAAAACUCUCCCUCUCACCUCAACGCCAGCAGAACGCUUCAUCAAGACUAGUCAUCGGCGUCAUCACAAACUCAGACGACAGGGUCCCAGACGUUUUGACCUCCUUAGGCCUGCGAGUAAAUCCUCUGCGCUACAAUCCCACUGUCAAGGACAGCACACAAGAAGCGAAACAAGCAGAAGAAGCACAACAACACCAACACCCAGACAUAGAUUUCUGCGUCAUGUCCUACGAUGUCGGUGUCGAGAAACCCUCGUCUGAGAUAUUUGACGCUGCUGUCGAUACUUUGUCUUCUCUUCUUUCUUCUGAGGGCAAGGAGUACAAGAAGGAAGAUUGGGGAUUGGCAUAUGUAGGCGAUGAAGUGGGGAAAGAUGCAAAGGGUGCUGUGAUGGCAGGUUGGGAUGCUGUGCUCUUGGAUAGAGGAGGAGAGGUGGAUACUGCUUAUGAAGGCGAUGCACCAGGUGUGGAAGGUUGGAUUGAAGUGGAAGGCAAANAAGUGCCGAUUCUGGAGGGCUUUGAGGCAUUGGGAUCGUAUGGAGGACAUGAGCUAUUGAAGCUUGGCUCGAUUUGA